AUGGCGAUGAUGAUGACUGGCCGUGUGCUGCUGGUGUGUGCCUUCUGCGUGCUGUGGUGCGGUGCCGGCGGUAGGUGUAAAGGGGAGACGGCAGUUCUUGGGAGUCGUGCUGAACUUCCACCAGCACCUCUUGAAACGUCUCAAAAAGGCCCCCAAGAGUUACAAAGUGGAGAACCAGGUGCUAAAGGAACUGCAUCACUUGCAUCUCCCCCUCCUAAAGAUAAGGAUGCAGAUGAAAAUGAAGAUGAAGGAGAUGAAGAUGAUGAUGCAGAUGAAGACACGGAUGAGUCAAAAGUAAGAAGAACAGAAGGGCAGAGUGGUGAAAAAGCAAAUGCUGCAUCAGACCCAGAUUCCGGGGAAAAGAAUUUAAUUGGCAGCGGGCAGGAAACAGGCCAGUCAAUUGCACCUGCAGGGGACAUUUCUCAUUCCGACAGUCAGGAAACAAAAGCCAAUCCCACGCAAACGGAGAUCGAAGAAAAGAAUGAGACUGACGAAAAUACACCUGCAGUAGAGAAAGCACUCACACCAGGUAACGGAGAGAACACACUGCCUGGGGGAAUUGCGGGAGGAAAUCCUCCACCACCUCCAGAAGAAGGUGUUGAUUCCCGCGAACAGGAUGGCGAAGACACCACGAGUGAAGGCGAAAAAAAUGUUCAGUCGCCUGCGACCGCAGCCACACCACAAAGCCACCGAGAAGGAGGCUCAGAAGGGACUGAGGAAGACACAAAAGCAAAGACAGUAACCGCCAAUACAACUGAUACGGCGAAUACACAAAACAAUGACGGCAGCACCGCGGCCUCCCACAUCACCUCCCCUCUUUUGCUUUUUUUUGUUGUUGCGUGUGCGGCUGCUGCUGCGGUGGUGGCCGCGUGA